CAUCACAACUCUCCAGGAGAGAUGACCAGCAGCUAAAAUCCAGUCUGAUGAGGCGUACAGGAACAUCAAAAGUGCAAUCAUAAAUGGAUGUGUUUUAAUGCAUGAAGCCAUAUAAAGAGGUGCAGCACCAGAAAGACUUUUACUUCAGCCGCAGUAUCGACUCUCUACUCUGAAACCUGAAUAUGGCAAGCAAACAUUCCAGCAAUGAAGCUAUUCUACGAAAUGAUGAGGAGCUGAGGAUUGUGAUGGUGGGGAAGACUGGAAUUGGGAAGAGUGCCACAGGAAACACCAUUCUUGGGCGUAACUGCUUUGAAUCAAAGUUCAGCCCCAAGUCUAUGACUGAUGAGUGCUCUAAGGCCUAUUCUGAAGUGGAUGGACCAAAGGUUGCUGUUAUUGACACCCCAGGUCUCUUUGACACCAGGUGGGACCAGGAUAAAACACAUAAAGACAUAAUCCAGUGCAUCUCCUAUUCUUCGCCUGGACCCCAUGUCUUCCUGGUUGUCGUCAGACUGGGCAGAUUCACAGAAGAGGAAAAGCAGACAGUGCAGAAGAUCAGAGAAAUGUUUGGCCAGGAUGCAGACAAAUACAGCAUGGUUCUCUUUACUCAUGGAGACCUUCUUAAAAACACCACUAUUGAGGAGUUCAUGAAGGGGAGCCCAGACCUGCAGGAACUUGUGGCCAGGUGCAAUGGUCAGUACCAUGUCUUUAAUAAUGAUCUGGAGAAUCGCUCACAGGUCACCAAGCUGCUUAAGAAGAUCAGAACCAUAGUCCAGAAGAAUGGAGGAAGCCACUACACCAACGAAAUGUACCAAGAGGCAGAAAGGGCAAUCGAAGAGAAGAAACAACGCAUACUGAAAGAGAAAGAGGAGCAAAGACACAAAGAGAAAGAAGAACUGGAGAAGACACUACAAGCAGAAUAUGAAGAAAAGCUUCGAAAUGCAAUGGAGAAAGUCCUGGCUAAAAAUAAGGAAGAAGAAAAUAGGAAAGAAAUAAGGGGAAAGAAAGACAAAGAGUUGACGAAGGAACAGGAGAAGAUUUUAGAGGAACAGCAAAAGGAACGAAACAAGCUGGAGGAAAACAAUCAAAGUGUGGCCGGACAACAAGACGCUACUCUACGAAAUGAUGAGAUGAGGAUUGGGAUGGUCGAUAAGACUGGAAUUGGGAAGAGUGCCACAGGAAACACCAUUGUUGGGCAUAACUACUUUGAAUCAGAGUUCAUCUUUAAUAAUGAUCUGGAGAAUCGCUCACAAGUCACCGAGCUGCUUAAAAAGAUCAGAACCAUAGUCCAGAAGAACGGAGGAAGCAACUACACCAAUGAAAUGUUCCAAGAGGCAGAAAGGGCAAUCGAAGAGGAGGUACAACGCAUCCUGAAAGAAAAAGAGGAGCAAAUACGCAAAGAGAAAGAAGAACUGGAAAAGAAACUACGAGCAGAAUAUGAAGAAAUAAUCAAAAGAAUUAAUGAGAAAUUCAGAGCUGAAAUUGAGGAAGAGAGAAGAGAGAGAAAAGGGGAACAACAUGAUAUUACUGAUUUGAAGGAGUGGGAGACAAGAAGGAAGGAGGAAACGAAUGAGAUGAAAAAGAGAAAAGAGGAGGAAAAGAGGGAGAUGGAGAAGACAAUAGAGGAGAAACAGCAGAAGAUGAUUCAAGACUUACAGGCAGAGUAUGAAAGAGAUCUGAAAGAGCAAAUUAAACAGUUGGAGGAAAAGCAUGAAAAAGAGGCCAGAGAGAAAGCAGAAAAGAAAAACAAGUGUACGAUUUCCUAACAAGGCAGGGGGUGUA